UUAAUCUCAGCGUAAGAGAGACAGACUAAACAUGAGUGAGGGAGAGCAUGAGAAAUUAAGUAUAUAUGUAAUAGAAACGAGACAAUAAAACGUGAUGCUCUUCAUAUACAAUUCAAAAAGUGAAGUGUAGACAAUCGCCAGUGCGGAAAUAAUAUGUUAUACACCAAUCAUCAAUAAAAAGACUCUCUUCACCUCUUGUUAUUCGUCGCAACAUUUCAACUCGAAUCUCGUAUCGUCAGGUGGUGUCUUAUCUCGUUUCAUCUCGAGUGUCGAUUUAUACAAACCAUCAAUCCAAAUAGAAUCUCUGAUAGUAAAAUUAAAAAAUUAAAAAUUAUUAAAAAAUGUCACAACAUUUUAUGACUGUGUGUGUAGUGUGUGUGCUGUGUGCAGCCCACAUACCAUGUUCGGCACACACGACAAUAUCAGAGUUAAAGCCACCAUUAGUUACUAAUGAGAAAGAUUUUUUAUCUAAUACUCUUGCUAAUGAACAAUUGAAGUCAAUUGACAAAAUUUAUGACGACAAAAUUAAUAACAUAAAUUAUGAGAAUAAAAGAAAAACUACGAAGAAAAAAGCUCAUAAUGAAAGAUUGAAACAGUUUAAAAAUGAUGAUUAUGAGAUACACCAUGACAAUGAUUACAAUAUACGAGAAAAUGAAGAAAUAAUGGAAAGACUUGGUCAGGUACCAUCACAAAUGAAUGAUAAUAAUUUACUAAUUAAUAGAAAGUAUAGUAAUAGUUAUAAAAGUGAAAAACGACGAGCUAAAAGACAUGCGGAAACUGAAGAAAAAUACUUUUUAAAAAAAAUAUUUGACACUUAUGGUGACGGCAACAGCUUAACUAUGGAUGGUUUUGAAAUGAUGUUAGAACGACUAGGGCUUGUUAAAUUAAUUAUGAAAAUUGGAAUGGAUAAAAUAAACUUAACGCACAAUGAAAUGCUUACUGAAUCAUCAAAAAGUAAAAAUAUUACGUCCCCGCCUAAUAAUAUUAAUAAUAAUGAUAAUAAAAAUAAUAUAAAUAAUAAACAAAAGUGCGUAAGCAAGAAUCAACUUUUGACAAACAUUUCACCUGAUAUUAAUUUAUCAACUUCAACAAAAAAUCAUACAAUAUUACCUGGAUGGUUAUUUGAACGACUGUGUCCUGUUUUACUUUAUCAUUUAUCUAGUACCUCAAAUUCAGAGCGUGAAGGUUGUAUUUCAUUACCUGAUCAUUACCAUGAUAUCAAGAGUCAUGAUGAAUAUUUUGAAGAAGAAAGUACACGAAAUAUGGUACAAGUAUGGGUUUAUUCAACGAUAAGUAUUGUAGUAAUAAGUUUGUGUGGAUUACUUGGAGUUGCUGUUAUUCCGGUAAUGGGGAAAAGUUAUUAUCAUCAAUUAAUACAAUUUCUUGUUGCUCUUGCUAUCGGCACUUUAUGUGGAGAUGCACUUAUACAUUUAUUACCUCAUGCAAUGAUGGCACCACAUAGUCAUGACGUCAAUAUAGUUCAUAGUGAAAUUGACAGUGAAGAAUCACAUAAUUUAAAUAUGUGGAAGGGAUUAGUAGCAAUGAUGGGGUUGAUAUUGUUUUUUUUCAUGGAAAAAGCUUUGUCAAUGAUUUCUGAAUGGAGAAAAUAUCGUCAGAGAAAAAAUAAGUUACCAACACGAGUCCGUGUAAUGAGAGAAACAGAAGGCGUGAAAACAAAUCCAGUUGGUGAAAAAUUAUGUAAACAUAAAUAUUCAUCAUAUCCAUACUGUUAUGGUGAAAUAACAACAGAAACACGUGAUAAUCAUCAUGAACAUCAUCAUGACCAUAAUGAUAAAGAACGUUUGCCAUCAAUUGAAGAAGCAAAACCACUAACAUCUAAUUCUAAUAAUCAAUUACCAAAAAUAAUAACUGAUGAUUUAGACAAAAACAAUCAUGAAAACUGGUCUGUUGAUGAUCAUAAACUAAAUAACAGUAAUAAAAAUAUCAGUAAAGAUAAUUUAGAUAAUCCACAAAUUGAUGAACGUGAAAGUUAUACUGUCAUUAUUCGUGAACAUGAAAAUAAACAUCACGGACAUACUCAUUCCCAUGGUCAUGUUCAUGCAGCGCCUGAAUCAAUGUCAAGUGUAGCAUGGAUGGUAAUAAUGGGCGACGGCUUACAUAAUUUUACAGAUGGUAUGGCAAUAGGAGCGGCAUUUUCAGCAAAUAUUGCUGGUGGUUUUUCAACAGCAAUAGCAGUAUUUUGUCAUGAAUUACCUCACGAAUUGGGAGAUUUCGCGGUGCUACUUAAAGCUGGAAUGAGUGCUAAACAAGCAGUAUUUUAUAAUUUGCUAUCAUCGGUGCUAUGUUUAUUUGGUAUGAUUUUUGGAGUUUUGUUAGGUGCUUUGCCAUCAACUACCAGUUGGAUUUUUGCUGCUGCAGCUGGAAUGUUUAUUUACAUUGCACUUGUUGAUAUGAUACCUGAAUUAUCUUCUGUACAUUCAGAAGAAGGCGGGUCACAUUGGCAAUGUAUGUUGCAAGCACUUGGUCUUAUAACUGGUUUAGGAAUUAUGUUAAUAAUUGCCCUUUAUGAACACGAUCUUAAACAUAUUUUUAGCGAAUAAAAUUACCGAGCUAUAAUAGUUAUAAAUAAUUAUAUUUAAGAUUACGUCAAUGCAAAAAAAAAAAAUAGUAAUGAAUUCACGAGCGAAAUGACUAAACAGAGUAAAAAAUUAAUGAAAAGAAAAAUGUCUUCAAGUUUUAUGACUGACGAAUUUAUAAAUACUUAAUUUAUAUUUUUAAGAUGAAAUAUUUUGUAAGUAUUCUUUAGUCCAAUAGCACAACUUAAUUUUUGUCUUACUACAAUCUUAAUAAUAGUAAUAAUAAUAAUAAUCAUAACAAUAAUAAAAUUACAACUGUAAAUUAAUACAAGUAGAGGAUAAAAUCAUUAUUUUCAAAUAAGAAAAAAAAUGUAUUUUUUUGAUUUCUAUUAAAAAAUUAGUUUGUACAUUCAUAUUAAAUAUAGCUUUCUAAAUAUUCACAUUAAUUAAUUAGUGAUAAGAUGAUAAAAUAAGUGUUGAUUUAUUACUCAUAUAGAUUUUUUUGUU